CAUAAAGUCCAUGGUAUUAGAAAUAGGAGGAAGUAACUCACCAUUCUUGAUGAAACUGGAACAAGACGUCGAUUUCGUGUAUCAAAUUUUCAAAGUAGUACACAAAUAUUACCUUUGUGUACGGUUAUGCCAAUUGGCCUUUCUGAUGGAUGGAACCAAAUUCAAUUUAAUUUAGCGGAGUUUUGUAGACGUGCUUACAAAAAACAGUAUGUUGAAGUACAAAAACUAAAAAUCAAUGCAAAUAUACGACUUAGAAGAGUUUAUUUUACUGAAAGAUUGAUACCGGAUGACGAACUACCCGCUGAAUACAAGUUAUAUUUCCCUCUGAGUGCUAAGCCAAAAGAAAAAUUUGUUACAAAAGCCAGUAACAAUAAGGAAAAUAAAAUUGUAUCUGAACAAGCAAUUAAGACAGUGGAUAUAGAAGCUACAACCAGGACUGUUCACAGAACUUCUAAAACAUCAUCACAUUCUGUUCCAAAGACACCUUCUCAACAUUCUCACAAGGAAUCUAAAAUUGAAAUAAAAACUGAAGCCAAAAUAGAAAAUAAAGUGGCACUUGAAUCAGACACUACUAAACCGGAAGACAAUGGAGCAAAACCAGAUGAUGGAGAGAAGGUAGAAGAAAAAGUCGACUUAACUGAGGCUCAGGAAGAAAUAACAGAAGAAGUAGAAAACAAAGAAGAACAAGAAAGAAAAUCUGAGCCUGUUACAGCAGAUCCCGAAGCCUUAGAAGUAGAAGCGUAGUAGAACUACGCUACUUUAACCAUAGAAGCGCCCUAAAAGAGUUUCCUAAAAUUUGGAAAAAAUAUGAAGGUAUUUGUUAUUAAGAUUACUGCUUACUUGGUAUUAGAAAUGAUUCAAGCAGUGUAUUAUGCGCUUUAAAAUCAAAAAGUCGCGCAAACUUAAACUAUAAAUGUACCUACAAUGUGUGAAUUUUAAUAGUUCUACAUAAAAUUAUUUUCUUGUUGAACA